AUGGCAACUAAGUAUCUCGAUCAAGCAAUAUUCUAUAUCAUUUUCUUGAUUUCAUUUUGCUAGGCUGAAGAAAUUUCUAAACUUCUCUCUAGAGAAUUAAUUGAACCUCCAUUUAUCAUUUUGUAGUCUGUACCUAUUGUUACUAACCUCCCUUUCUGGUGGGCAUAUAACACGCAUGGCUAUACCGAAUGCGUGAGACCAAAUGAAACCUAAAACUAAUGCGGAACAGCUUAUUGUCCUCCAGACACAGUAUGUAGUAUGGCUGGGAAAUGUUGCCCAAGCACUGCUCCUUACUCAUAUGGUGCAGGUUAAAGAGUUAUCCCGUGCUAUUCAAAUGAAACUGCUUGCAAGGGAAAUUGUAUGGGGUAUUGCAAAGUCUUAGUUGUUAUUACAGGGUAGCCGGGCGACUACGUCAAAUGUGAAGAUGACUGCUUGUAAAAAACAUAUAGCUUCUCAGGAUUUUGCCGAUAAAAUUUUUGCCGGAAGCGUUGA